AUGAGCGCGCAACUGCGGAAUCCAGCCGACUCUAUGAAGUCUACCUGGCGGACCCAAAGCCGGUCCGAAUGGUCGGUCUUUCACUGGUUCUACGAACUGCUCGGCAUCCACCCAGAACAUCUCGACAAGGAAGUGCCCGUGCAUGAGAAAGAGACACCCAUCCCCUACGUGCCGGACUGGUCGAUGCACCGCUGGGUGUUGUGCCAUGCCGCAAUCCCGCUUAUUCUGCAUCAGACCUACAUCCAAUACACCGGCCGCAACCUCGGCGUCAUCGCGGCCAUGGUCCUCUAUAGCUUGGCCUUCAAGGCCAUCGCCAUCCACGAGCUGCACGUCCUCCGGCGCCUCGGCCACACCCACGGCUUCCUCGACGGUGACAAGCACGCCCGUGACGGUGUCCCUGACGUCGGCGUCGCCAAGGUCGUGCGCUCCCUGCUCUCAACCUCGACCUUCCGCCCUAUGUUUACCGUCUUCCUCGCCUACCGCACAAACCAAGGCCCGGAUUCAAUCAACUGGUUCUGGCUGCCUCUCGAGGCAGGACUGUACGGCAUCAUCCUCGACUUCUGGUUCUACUGGUACCACCGGCUGAUGCACGACAUUGACGGGCUGUGGAAGUACCACCGUACCCACCACCUGACGAAGCACCCGAACCCGCUCUUGACGCUUUACGCCGACCUAGAGCAGGAGUUCUUCGACAUCGCCGGCGUACCGCUGGCGACCUACUUCUCAAUGAAGGCCAUGGGCAUGCCGAUGGGCUUCUACGAGUGGUGGAUCGGCCACAUGUACGUCGUCUACGCCGAGCUGGCGGGCCACAGCGGCCUUCGUGUCCACGCCGUCCCGCCGAAUAUUUUCAGCUGGGCGCUGCGCCUCUUCAACGCUGAGCUUGUCAUCGAAGACCACGAUCUGCACCACCGCAAGGGCUGGAAGAAGAGCCAUAACUACGGCAAACAGACUCGUCUCUGGGACCGCAUCUUUGGCACUUGCUACGAGCGCAUUGAGUCCGUGCCUGAGAAUGUCGACUAUGUCAAUACCUCGCCUAUGCCCUUGUGGUGA